AUGUGCUAUGGCUUCGAAUUGGUGUUGGCAAAUUCAACAUCUGCCACUGAAGAUAGCAGUCAAGAUCCCAAUGUUAAAUGGCAAGAGAGUCCAAGUCGACGUGGAACACUUGCGAUUGUUCAGAGCUGCUUGGUCACAAUGUUCGCUUGCACGUGGAGUGUUCAACACCUGAAUGUUCCAGACUCAAGCGAGCGUGCAUGGAGGAAAAUACUGCGCAAAUGCAAAUGGAUGGUCCUCACCCUGGUCUUACCCGAGGUCAUCAUGGCUCACGCUAUAUUGGAACUAUCUAUGGCGAUAAAUGACAUGGAUGUUAUACGGCAGUGUUGGGAUCCCGUGAGACUUCCAUGGUGGCUUCGCAUUCUUCAAAGGAUACUUGGCAAGCACGAGGAAAUAUCAGCAGAGGACUAUGCAAGUAGUAGCUACGACGGCCCUCAAGAAGUGGAGUGGACGCUUAUACAUUGCUACUUUGCGAACAUGGGCGGUUUCGCUGUUCGACAAACAAGUACUCCAAGUCAAGUGGACAACCAAAGUGCCGAGAAUAAUUCCGAUGCCGAAUUGCAACGACGCGCUUCUUCUAUGACAAGUUUUCCAUUGACCACGGCUCAGCUAGUCAAGGGUUGGCGUGACUGCAUAAUACCCAGCUUUACAGAAGCCGACAUCCAAGACAAGAGUAAAUCCGACUUCUUCACGAAGCUGAUUGCAGUUGUUCAAAUAUCUUCACUGGUGUUUUCUAUCAUAACACGAUCGGUACGACAUCUUGCCUUCUCUCAAUUGGAGACGCUCACUUUGGCGUUCGCAAUAUGUGGUGUGUUGACUUACGCCUUCUACUGGUACAAGCCACAGAACGUGGGGACACCAUUUAUUGUUGACCUACAUUACGACGGGGAUCUUGAGUUCCACCAGACUUUUGAAACCAUGGCGAGCGUUCUAACAAACGCAAAGUUGAAUACGGAGAAAGGCCCGCGAAAGAGGAUUCCGAACGAUAAUAUACCACCUAUGGAGCCUCAAACAACACAUACCGCUAUCUACUUGUUGGCGAUACUGUCUGCGGGAUUUGGAAGUUUGCAUGCCAUAGCAUGGAACUUUGACUUUCCGACAUCUAUCGAGAAGACGUUUUGGAGGGUAGCAACACUGGUAUCAAUCAUUGUUCCACCUACUGCACUGAUUGCUAUCCCUAUAUCGCAGUACCACGUGGGAUGGGAAGAUCCUCGAGACUUCAUGCGUACUUGUUCCCGUGUCAUGAGGGAAUUCUCGCGGGAAAGUUCGGACAAAAUGACAGUCUUUUAUCCCCAAAAACACCUGGAGGAGAUAUACAACGACCCAGAGCGACCAGACAAGUUAUGGGUCAAUAUCCUGGGGGAAGAUCAAGAGAAAGCUUCAUCGCUUUCCAAAAAGAUGCUGGAGUUCAUCGAGAAGAAAGGCCCCUUCAUCGAUCGAAGAUCGAUAGAUCUUCCUAAAGACUUCCCCAAACAGUUCAAGCUUCUCACGGAAGUUAUUGAUGGAAAGUUCAGGUCCAAGAAGCUCACUGACAGCGCUCAAACAAAUCUGUUUCCGCGGAGAAAUAUUCUUCCAGAGUCCGUUAACAUUGCUAUAUUGCUCACCGCAGGCAUUAUCUAUUGUCUAGCUCGUUUAAGCAUUAUUGCCUUGGCAUUCUCGAGUUUGAGAUCAAUGCCUGAUUCAGUCUAUAAGACGACCUGGGCGAAAGACAUCCCCAACGUAUCAUAA